AUGGCAUUGGUACUCGUAAUGGGUGUCCCUGGCUCGGGGAAAAGUGCAUUAUGUAGAUGGUUAUUAGAAGUUUUAGGCAAUCAGAAUUGCAGUGUUUUUUCUUUCGAUGAAAUCUUCAGAGACGACGGUUUCUUGGAUUAUAUCUGGCCAGAAUCUGAUAAUUUCGCAAGUCUUCUUGGCUUGUACGGUAUAAAUGGUGGGCUUAGCCUCAAAGAGGAACGGAAAAGGUGUGAAAAUUUGAUCCGAGAAGAAUUAAGGAAGCGGUGUGAGUCAAACGAACAAUACGACAGAAUUGUUUUGGUGGACGAUAUUUUCUAUUUGCGAAGUAUGAGACGACCAUUUGAACGGAUUGCAAAAAGGUUUGGGCUUCAUUUUGGGAUCAUAUAUGUAAAUGUGUCGCUAGAUACAGCUAUUAAACAAAACGAACAGCGGCGUGGUGCAUCGAAAAUUCCGAAAGAAACUAUUCAUAAGAUUUAUAGAAAAAUUGAAAUGCCACGAACGAAUGAAAGUUUGUUCUUAUAUGGCCCAAACAGUUCAAAAGAAGAGGUUUUAAUUUUUUUAAAAAGCCUUUAUAAGUUGAAGCAACAAAAGUCAAGUCGUUUAGAGGGAAAAGUUAAUAAAAAUUGUGGAAACUUAUCUCAGAACGCUGGUGAUGACAUCUGGCGAAAACUUGAGCUUGACCUUCGAAAGUGUGUCGGCGAACUGAUCAAGGAACAUAAUGGUAUUUUGUCAACAACCAAAAGCAAAUUUCCAAAAGCAAAAAAAAAUAUAGUGGCAAUAUUUCGUCGGGAGAAUAUUAUACAAUGGAAUCAUGUGGACCUUAAGGCCACUCUCUGGAAGAAUGUCACAGGAAAAUAA